AUGGAUUUGUGUGACCUCCACACCACAACAAGAGCAGCUCUCUUCUGGAUCCAGACGUCCUUCAUUCCUGGCGUCUUUGUCUUUGUGUUGGUGAUAGGCCUGUUCCUGAAUCUCCUGUCACUGUGGGUCUUCUUCACCUGCAUCAAGUCGUGGACUAGAAGCACAUUUUUUCUCUGUAAUCUGGCUUUGGCUGACGUCACCUGGCUGCUCAACUUGCCCUUCCUCAUCCAAUACCACUUAGGUCAGCUUUUUUGGCCUUUUGGCGAAUGGUUGUGCAAAAUUAACCGCACCCUUUACCACACUUGCUUCUACUGCAGCAUCUACUUUAUCACAUGUGUCAGUGUCGACCGUUACCUUGCCAUUGCUCACCCUAUUAAUUCCUUCUCUCUGCUGACCAAGCGCCAGUCUGUGAUGGUCUGCCUUGCUGUGUGGACAAUUAAUUUUGUGUUCAGUGUGCCCAUUGCCCAGAUGGCUGUUAUUCAGACCUGCCCUGACAACAAGACAAUAUGCUCCCUCUACGUUUUUUUCAGCAGCACUAAGGAGACCCUACCCUUCUCUCUUACCUGCACAGUCACUGGUUGUCUUUGCCCAUUCUUUGCUAUUUGUUAUUGUUACAGUACCAGCAUGCAGCGACUGCAGAAGCAGUGCCACCAACCCUGGCAUUUGCAGAGAAUGGCUAAACUGAGCAAGGUCAUGUACUCAGCCCUCUUCAUCUUUGCCGUGCUGUACCUGCCCUAUCAUUUGAUCAGGAAUGUUGCCAUCGGUCUACAUGCAGCUCAUCCAACAGCUAUUGGGCCACCACUGUAUGCCGACAGUGCAUUUGCAGUGGAGAUGGCCAUUUGUAGUCUUAACACCUGCAUUAAUCCUUUUUUUUACUUUUUAACUGGGGGAGAUUUCCGUCAACAUUUCUGUGGCAUGUUCUCCUGUCCACGUUUGAAGAGUAAGCUGAAGAAGAGAAGGAUGCAAAAGACUAUUCGCUUACAUGUGGCCACCAUCUGCCCUGCCUGA